AUGGAUAAACUUUUGAAAUGGUCAAUUGCCCAGCAGUCAGGGGAUCAAGAUGCCAUAAACAAGAUGGGCCAACCAGACCCUAAAAUGCUCCAUCAACUAUUUGGGGGACCUGAUGAACCAACUUUAAUGAAGCAUUCUAUGGCGGCUAUAUGCAACGAGGAAACAACUGAACAAAACAAGGAGAUUGCAUUUGAAAAUUUCGAGAUGUUGAUUGAGAAUAUGGAUAACGCUAAUAACAUUGAAAACCUCAACUUAUGGCCCUCCUUAAUCGAGCAACUUGCGGAAGAUAAGCCAGCUAUACAAAGAGUUUAUGCGGCUUCAUGUAUUGGUAUAUCUGUUCAAAAUAAUCCUAAAGCACAGGAUGAUUUCAGUAAACAUGAUGGACUUUCGAAACUAAUUAAUAUAUGCUCAGAUACAAAUUCACCAGAUGAUUUAUUAGCGAAAUCUUUGUUUGCGAUAUCGUCAUAUAUUAGAAACUUUAAACCAGGGUAUGAGCAGUUUGUGAAAGAAAAUGGAUGGGAUAUUAUUAGGAUUCCAGAGGAUAACCACAAACUUACCUUGAGGGUCUUGUCAUUGGUCUCUGCUGUCUUGUCCAAUGGUUUGGAUAAGAAGUCUGAAGAUCGAAUCCAUGAGGAUAAAAUUAUCGAGAGGCUCACACUGUUGAUGAAAAGUGAUGGCCAUAUUGGUUGUAUUGAUAAAAUUUUGAGUAUUACAUCACAGCUAUCAUUAUUACACUAUGAGUUUUCUUCUACAGAAAUCGCAGAGUUAUCCAAUGGUUUAGAGAAUAUCAAGGUGCUUGAACCUCAACUCAAUGAAGAUUACCACUCUGUUAAAAAGAUUUUGAGUUAA